UUACAAUCAUGGCGACAAGUAGAGGCAGGUUUGAGUUGUUUCCAAGCAGGAUAUGAUAUGAAGGAAUAAACCUACUUAGCUUUUCAGGUAGAGAUGACAGAGCGAGGACAUCCAGCAAUUAUUACACUGUGAUGAUGGUGAAGUGAGGAGACAGAGUAGCAGGCAUGUCGAAGCCUGUCAUCCCCCCAUUCGCCCCGGCAUCCCCCUCGGGACAGACUAUUGAGGUCCUGGAGCACCGACUCCAAGCUGCAGAAUAUGACACACGUGACCUCAUCCACCGUCUCAACGAGAUGGGCUUCAGCCGGGAAGUGUCCGCUGAUGCUCGUAACGAGGAUGAAGGGCCCAUGGAGCCAUUCAAAGCUAGGUUAGCCGAUGCUGAACUUUUACAUACAAAUUAUGAAGCGCUGGUGUCCAGGGUGUGCCGGACAGAGAGUGCAAUACAGACACUAAAGCUGUCCCUGCUCAACAUCCAAGGUGAUAAGGACUUGAAGAAGAAGAUAUACGCCCAGGUGGAAGAAAAAUGGUCAGCAGCCAAACAGACCUAUGAAAGUCAGUUGUCGUAUCUCAAACGGGAGGUUCGUGGGCUGCAGGAUGAACUGACCUCGGAGUGUGAGACGAGGACGAGACUCAAGGAUGAGGUGAAGAAGCUGCAGAAGUCUCUGGAUGAGGCAACCACUGCCAGGGCAGAAGCUUCUGUGACGGCGGAGGAGAUUGCAUCAUCAAAACAGAAACUGAUCCGACGUGUUGCGGAGAUGAAAGAGGAACUCAGCAUGGAGUCUAGUCUCAGGUCAAGUCUGGAGGACUCCCACAACACUCUCCUUGGGAGGAUCCGGGAGAUGGAAACAGUCGUAGAAUCUGAGAGGACAGAGGUUUAUAACUUGACCACCACAUGCAAGAGUCUGAAGACGGAGGUUAUGAGAUUGUCUGAUGAACUCGGCAAGGAGCAGAAGAUGCGAGGGCAGCUUGAUGAGAGAUGCAGCGAACUCACCCACCUGAGAGAGAAGCUGCAGUACCAAUACGACACAGCGGAGGCUGAGAGGCAGGUGGCUGCUACAGAGUUGAGCCGCUUCCAGAGCCAGUACCAGGAACUCAUCUCCCAGGUGGAGAAGACACAGACACUCAUUGACCAGAAUAAGAUGAGAUGUCAGGAACUGGAGUGUGACAACCAGAGACUGGGCAGCCAGCUGGACACCACGUCCAGUGAACUGGAGCGUCUCAGGACGAUACACAAGAGGGAAGUGCAGGUGGAGAAGACCCACGUUGAAGAGCGUGUGGCCCUGGAGGAGGAGGCCGUGAGACUCCGCAGUCGCGCCCGGAACACUCAUGCUGAAAAUGAAGACAUGAAGAAAAAAAUAGAGUUGCUGGAGAAGGAAAUGAGUUCCACAAAGGGCGAGAUGAUGAAGAAGGACGUAGAGUUCUCGCAGGCGGCAGAGUGUCUGGAGAGGGAGCUGAACUCCCUGAGGACCCAGCUGCACAGCAUGCAGGACGAGAAGCAGAACAUCCUCCGGGACAAGGAGAACCUGCUGGAGGAGGUGAACCAGACUGUGGACACGUUGAUGGAGGAGAGGGUGGUGCUACAGACGGACCUGGAGGAGACCAAAGUGGAGCUGGACACACUGUAUGGGACUCAGAGACAGCUGGAGAGAGAGAAGGCAGACCUCCUGGAGAGACUGGCUGGAUACGAGCAGCAACAGAUGAGCCACAAGAAAGUCCACUCAACACUGAAGGAAAUGAUGGAGCAGAAGAACAAGCUGGCAUAUGAGAAUGGACGUCUGCAGUCCCAGAUCCACCAGCUCAAAGACGACCUUGACCUUGCCACGAGGGGUCAGCUGGAUGCAGGCCAUCUCAAGAAGUUGAAUCAAGCUCUCCAGGAGAAAUACAGCAGUGCCCAGAAGGAGGUGAGUGAGCUGAAGGUGGCUAUCCAGUGUCUGGAGAACCAGCACCGCCUGUCCCAGGAGCUGAUCCAGCACAAGGACCAGCAGCUUCAGACCGUCACCUACACCCGGGAACAGCUGGAGAAGGACAUGUCCAAACUCGGGGCCCACGUACAGGCCAUGGAUGACCGCGAUAAACACAAGGGUGUCAGCUAUCACAAGAAUCUUGAAUCCGCCAAGACUGUCAAUCGUGAGAUCACCAGCACCCUUGAGGCGGUGAUGGCGUCACACUCUCAGCUACAGACACUGGUGGAGAGCCUACAGGUUGAGCUGGGGAAAAGAGACACGCAGAUCACGCAGCUCCGCAGUCAGAAGAACAAGGACCAGGAAGAGAUGAGGCUGGAGAUGAAGAACUUCGAAAGCAAGAUGUCCUCCCUGCGAGAAGAGCUGAGGAAAGAGAGGGACAAAUCCUUGAAGAAGAACUCCAAGGAACUGGGAGAGAUUAAGAAGCAGAAUGAAAGCUUAUCAUCUCGCAACAUGGAGUUGGUGAGGACGAAUACAGAACUGCGACAUCGGGUGAAUGAGUCGGACCGUACACACACGGAACUUUCCCAGAAACUUGUGGAUCAAAGACGCAAGACUGAGUACCUCAACAAGGCCAAGAAACAGCUGGAGGAAAACCUGGCGAAGAUGAAGUCGGUGAGACAGGACAUAGACCAGUUGGAGCGCAUGAGAGACGAGUAUAUCAAGCGUAACGAGACGCAGGGGGAGACAAUCCAUCUGUUCAUGAGUCAGAUAGCCUCCCUCCAGGAGGAGAUCGGGCAGCUUGCCAUUGCACAGGCCAACACCAGCCAGCUGCUGCAGCAGAAGGAAGCUGCACUGGAGAAGGAGAAGCACAUCCGAGACGACAUCAAGAAGAAGUACCAUGAGACGCGCAAGCGAGAGGAGUCAGUGUCGCGGAGGAAGAAGGAUGCAGAGGGGAAGCUGAAGGAUGCUCACUCAGAGAGUCUGGAGAUCUCACAGCAUCUGCAGGAGGCACACGAGUGGUUCAAGACCAAGUUUGACAAGCUACAGAUCGAGCUGGACAUGUCCAAGAAAACCCAGGCCAAGCUGGAGGAGGCUAACGCAGCCCAGAGGGAACAGCUGGAGUCGGAGAGAUACCACGCCCAGGAGGCGGCCGACAAGGCCAAGGACAUGAUCAAGGCAAGUCGGGAGACAAUCAGUCGCCUGGCAGACUACGCUGACCAAGCCGAGACGGACACCAAGCAGCAGAUGGCCAAACUGAAGGCUGAAGCCCGGACAGAGAGGGAUGUCAAUAAGUAUGUGGAACUCAGGCACCAGAAGUAUAAAAAAGCCAAUGAUAGCUACUUGGACGAGCUGAUGAUGCUGUUAGACUCCACAUCAGCAGAAGGAGAUGUCGGCUGGCUUGCCUGACCUGACCUCAACCUCCAACACAACUGCCUUCACCUUGCAUUGAUGACCUUCACCUUGCAAUGAUGACCUUCACUCUGGGCUGCUCAAAUGUUUCAUAAGGCAGUUUUGGAAACAAUGAACAAGGCAUGAAGUUCACCUUGCUUAUGUGACCUUUACUUUCAAUGUUCUCAGUUUAAGAAGGUUUUCUUCAUGAGUCAUACGUUGUCAUGGAUAUUAGUGCUUCCAGAAGCCUUAAAGAACUGAUUGAAGCCCUGCUUCUCAUUAUAAAGUAAUGUCUCCAGAUGUAAUGAUAUUAGAACUUAGUACUGUAUGAUAUUGCUUAUUAGGUACUUGCUGUAUACUGUAAAUUACCAGUCUUGUCUCAAGAACAAAGACUCAGAGUAAUCUAUGGGACUCUGCUUGUUGGGCACACGAGUGGCCCAAUCAUCUAAGGCGCAGUGAUUCGCUGUGCAGAGUUGCGUUCCUUGGGCACGCCAGAAACCUAUGAUUGUGGGUUUGAAUCCUGGUUCGCCCCGAUUAUGUUUCUAGGUUUGUCAGCACCAUACCCAUGCUCGUGGGUUUCACCGAAGUGGUAAACAUCUGAGACCUGCAUCACUUCGGGCUUAAGCUGACACGCCUUGAUAUAACUGGAAUACUGUUAAAAGUGGCGUUAAACCCAACUCACAUACUCACUCAUUCUGCUUGUUGCAUAACACAUCCACUGAGCACAGUUGCAUCCCUUAGCUGUGUCAGGAGCUGCUGACUGGACCAGACUAGUCCCAUUAUGAUCCUUAGUCUCUGAGCACUCAUUGUCCUGGGUUUUACCAAGGCGGUAAUAUCUGAAUGAAUCCAACUCAUGAAGUUGAUAAACCAAAGAUUUUCAAUCUGCAUUUAAUCAUUUAGUCAGUACCUAAUUGUAUUUCCAGCUCACAAAGAAAAAAAGGAGCUAUUGCGUUAAGGAUCUGUUGCCAGUCCAUGGGUAUAUUUACUUGAUAUGUGUUUGUUGUUAAUUGUAUAUAUUGUUAGAGAGACAGGAGAAGAAAUCCAACUGUGGACAUGAAUGGUUGUUACAGGGUUGUAGUGUGGUGAGUGGUCUUACGCCGCUUUUAGCAAUAUUCCAGCAAUAUCACAGCGGGGGACACCAGCAAUGGGCUUCACACCUAGAAACCAUGUCGGGAAUCAAACCCGGGUGAUGAGCGAACACUUUAAUAUGUUUAACGACUAGGCUACCCGACUGCCCUACAGGUUGUAGCUGUGAAAAACACUAUAUAGUGCAUGCAUGAAGUCAGUGGGAAGUAGGAUCAUGGGGGGCAAGCAUUAAUUCAAGAAGGGCAUACCAAACCCUAUGGCAUGGAGUAAGUAAUUCAACAGGGUACCCAGUCAGUAUUCAAUAACAGUCUAAUGUUACAGCGGCUGAACUUACAGACUUAUGUUUUUAUUAGGGUUGUACCAAUUCGAGGAUAUGGUGCGUCUCAAAAGUCAUGUGUACAGAAUUGAACAAGUAUUUUUAUAAUGCCUGAAAAGCAUAUGUUUACUUGUUUACUAGACUGAUCUAGAUUUAAGGUGCCGAUACCAGUUAUCAGUGUAACAAAUGUUAUAUUUGGGACAACACUUUCUCAGUAAUGUACCGAUUCUCGUACUCUUUGGGUUGAGUCCUGUCCGGGAUUCGCCAGCACACAAAGUCAGCGAUCUGAACCACACAGCCACCGAGGCUUCCACAAAAAAUGGAAGUCUGACAACUGGCAGUCUAGAUCACGUACUUUGUGUACCCCUCUGACAAGUAUAAAUUGGCACGGCUCCCAUGGUCGAAAGGUAUGAACACACAAUGCCAUUUAGAAAUUGGUCAAAUGUAACAUUUCUUAAUGGCAUUGUUUGUUCAUAGUUUUCAGUGGUUUGUGACGAAAAAAGCUCACUUGAAAACAAAUAAACACUGCUUGUUUUACAGUAGUUCCUCAUAGAAAUGUGUUUUUUUAAAUACAUCCAAUUUUUCUCAUUUUUAAAUUAGGCUAAAAAAAAUAAUAGACUUGGUUCUCAGGCACUGCCCACAUAAUCAUAAAGUUCAUUGCAUGUUUCGUUUUUGU